UCUCCUCCUCCUCCUCGCGUGGAAGCUUGUGGUCGCGUUCUCGAGGCGCCGUGGACUCACCCCCAGAGAUUCGAGCUCGAGUUCUAAUCAAAGCCCUAUUCUAAACCCUAGUUCAUUGCCUGCAACGUCGGGGAUGAUUUCGGAUUCUGAUUUGAGGGAAUUGAUGGGGGAAUUGGAUGUGAAGAAUCAAGAAAGAGGGAGAUGGGAAGAUGUGACUGAUAAAAAGAAUGGUUCAAUAUCUUAUAGUGCAAAGUGCUGUAGACCUCAGGUUGGUCCCCUGAAGUACCUGAGUGUAACUAUAUUUGAGAAAUGCUCUACAGAGCUGUUAAGAGACUUCUACAUGGACAAUGAGUAUCGUAAAGAGUGGGACAAGACAUUGAUUGAAUACAAGCAGUUGCAGGCAGAUGAAACCAGUGGUACAGAAAUUGGGUCAAUGAUAAAAAAGUUUCCUCUUCUGACACCAAGAGAGUAUAUACUGGCAUGGCGUGUAUGGGAAGGGAAAGACAAAACCUUCUAUUGUAUUGUCAAGGACUGUGAACAUCCCUUGGCACCACGACAGAAAAAGUUUGUUAGAGUUAAUUUCUUCAGAUCUGGCUGGCGUAUCAGGAAAGUACCUGGUAGAGAUGCGUGUGAGAUCACAAUGUUGCAUCAGGAAGAUGCUGGCUUGAAUGUAGAGAUGGCAAAGUUAGCUUUUGCCAGGGGAAUAUGGAGCUAUGUGUGUAAGAUGAACAAUGCACUACGUGAAUAUUCUUCUCCCAUACGUAGCAGAUCAACUUCAGUUGCUACCAUGCUUAGGCUUAUUAAAAAGGUUCCUGAUGUGAUGGAGAUGGAUUCUGGAACAACUCACCAAAUUCUUCCUGAUAUCAUCCCAACAAGCAGCAACAUACCAUCAAAACCGACGCUAUGGCAAAGCCCAUCGAAGAAGAAACUUAUAGCGAACGGCCUCCUCCUUCUUGGUGGCAUCGCUUGUCUGUCUCGAGGAAGAACCACCCUCGGCACUCAGCUCGCCAUGGCUUGCAUCCUCAAGAAGUUCAUGAAGCGUGGGCCCACAUCGGAUUCUGGUAAGACUGGGCCCGCGCGGAUCCCAAAGGGCAAGCGUUCGAUCAGGCAUAGAGAUUGAUAUGCAGUAAUUUCAUGUUCUUGCGAGGUUCAGACUUCGCCCUGUGAAUAUAUGUGUUGUCGAAGGAACUCGUAUUAUACAGACUUUUUGGUUGCAGGUGUAUAAUGAGAAAAAGCUGUCAGCCUGCUUUUUUAAGAGGUCUUGAACUAUUUGCUAAAUUAAUGCUUGGAAGUGUAGGUGCUCCACCAAAA